CACUUUAACACCUUACAGUGUGCUGUUUGCAAACUGUUGUGGCACAUGUGCAGAGGGCAGUGUCCCUCUGCAGCACUCCCUUUGUCACACUGUAGAGCCGGUGUAUCUCUGCUGUGCUCUGUGCUGUGCUCGGUUUGGGGUUUAGAGAGACCGAGCUGUAAGUAGGUCGGGCUGGGCUUAAGCGGCUUAGCUACGUCAGCCUAAGCUGGGAGGAAUUCAUCCAAAGCCCUCCGCGGUAGGCGGGGGCCUAAACGAGGCUGGCCUAGUUAAGCCUGAUUCUUAUUGUGUGCAGCACAGCCUGUUUUUGUUGUGCAACGUAGCUGAGAGGGAGUCCAGGAGUAGUGUGAGAAUCCAUGCACUUGUUAGACAUAGCCUAUGUUUGAUUUGGAGAGGAAGAAGACGAAGGGGGGAAAUGUGACAUGUAUCUGAGUUAGACCAGUGUUGGUGUGUCACCGUGGACCAGGAGAAGAGAGCGGCGGGGACUGAAAAAAAGACAGGUGGGAAGAGAGAGGAGCCCACACUACUGAGUGUGGUUACUAAAGGGUGACAGCCAUAGGCCAGACUUGGUCUGCGUGAGCCCAGUAUGCUAGAAGAUGGCAUCCAGCUCUGUGUUUUUGUCCAGUAUGGUGGGUAAAGCCCGCUCCUCCAACUUCACCCUCUCUGAGAAGCUGGACCUGUUGAAGCUGGUCCGGCCUCACAUCCGAAUCCUGGAGGAGCACACCAACAAGCACGCGGUCAUCGUGGACAAGAACAAGUGCUGGGACACUGUUGCUGAACAGUACAAUGCCCUGGGAGGAGACAGACCCCAUCGCACAGCUCAGGGCCUCCGGACCCUCUACAAGAGACUGAAGGAGUCAGCCAAGCAGGAAGUGAUGCAGAGGAGACACGCCCAGCCAGAGUACAGAGCAAGCAUCUCCGAGCCAACCAGGAGAAUUAUGGAGAUGAUCCCUCACCUGUUUCACCACGUGCCCAUCCACGAAAAGGACCAGGCGCUGCGCAGAUUAAUAUACAGCAAGCACAACUCUCCUAUCGAACAUCCUGGCAGCAGCUCAUCUCUGGCUGGACUUCAGGAUUACUCUGCAUCUGUCCCAAGUAUCCCCCAUGAGGUGGUCCAGCUGGACGCUGAACAGGAUGUAAAACCACCGCCAGACCUUCCCAUCCUCCCAGCGCACACAGGACCACGGCUGGAAGGAGGCCAGGAGCGAGAGGGAGAGCAAGACUUGGGCAGCAUCCAUGAUUAUGAAGCGUCGUUAUCUCCAGCUCCUUCCUCUGUUAACAUCCCUCUCUCCACCUCGCCGCUGCCCUUACGCCAUGAGCUCUACCCCAACGACAUCUACCCUCACCACGAGCCGGACAGAUUUCGGCCUCUGCAACUGGCCAAAGAGGAGCACGAGCUGGUGCUGGCCAAUCACAGGAAGGUGGCCCUGUACCUGGAGGAGAAGAGAGAGGGGCUGAAGAGGAAGCAGGAACUGGAGGAGGAACUGCUGCGAGCCAAGAUCAAAGUGGAGAAACUGAAGGCAACCCGACUGAGACACGGACUGCCCAUUUCUCUAUAACAAGUAUCAACAUGCACUUCUGUGGUCACUGUGAGAAAGGGAGGGGCUCUGAGUAGUACAGUUUUUAAAAAAAAGAAAAAGAAAAAAAGCGCUUUGGAGCAGUCACCAAUUUUGUUUUGUUUUGGUUGUGUGAGAUCAGUUUCAGGACUUGACUUUCUUUUGGAAACAUAGUGCCUCGUAUACACACAGAUAACCUGUUUACGUCCUGCAGGAUAAUUAGGAUAAUAACACCUGCUGCCAUCAGUCUUUGUGCUUGUCUGUGUUAAAAAUGCAUCAUCGUGUCCAUGAGUACCAAAAGUAGGGACAAACAUCUAUGUAAUAAAACAAAGCUCACAUCAAUAACACUGUGACAGGCCAAUAUGUAUAAAAGUCCAAAUUUUGGAAGGGAAUAUUUGUAGUAUUGACUGAUAAUGUACCUCAGUGGUGCUCUUCCUGCCUACACCUACCACCAGUCUCUAAUUACAGGAGUGCCAGCAAGGCAUUAAUGAUCUUUAUUGUCUAAGAUUGUUGGAAAAAUAUGAAUGUAAGAGUUAAAGCACUUGAUGUCAGUGUGAGCAACGUGUUGUUAUCUCUGUAUAAAGAACAUUUCCACCCAUUCUGGAGAGGUUUUGGUUAUCAAAACAAUUUUUAUAGCCGCUUUUAUUCAUUCUGUAGAUUUCCUACAAAAACCAUUCAUGUAGUAGCAAAUUUUAGAGAUACCAGGACUGCAGCACAAGGUAAACUUUUGAAGGCCUUAAUCUGUUAUUGGGAUAACAAAAAUGUUCGAGUGAGUAAUUCUCGCUGGUUGCUGAACUGUUGGCCGGUUGCGCGAACAAAAGAAGGGAGGGGCCCUGAUGGUUUUUGGUGUUACUGCUAUUUAUUGUGAGUUCAACAUUGAUUGUAUUGUACUGUUGUUAUACAAGUGUUGCCCAUUUCUCUUACUGUUUGUCUAUGCGUUCACGUGUUUGUAUUAAAAAGAAGAUCCAUUUUCCUCUGG